GCGCGAUGUACGAGGCCUCUGCGUUGCUCCCGCGUCGCGACUAUCCCUAGCUGGUUGUCAGACGGGCUGGUCGUCGUCGUCGUCUUUGAAAUCCCACUAAAGUCUCAUAUAAUGCUGCGCUGCCAUGAGCAACCGCGUGCAAGACUGCGCUGUCGAUGUUCGAUCCCGACGACACCUGGAGGGUUAUGGACGACAGCGGGAGUUACGCUGGUCCCUCGCUCGACGACCUUGAAUAUGGUACAUCUCAGCCUCUCUCCGAGGAUCUAUCUGUCACAGGUCCUUCAGAUGGCGCGCACUACUCCUCUGAUCGCGUGCAAAACCCACUCCCAGAUCAUUUGCCACUCCCUGCAGCCCCCGUCAAUAUCAGCCCCGCGUUCUGGAUGCAGAGCAAUCUGCCCGCGCAGCCUCCACUUGCCGCUCCGCCAGCGCCGCCUCUGCAGGAGACUGAGCUCAACGCCGAGCAAGCCUCCCACUCGUGGAAACGGGACGACAGAGGGUACUUGUGUAUCCUGUGUCCCCGGUGUGGUUCAUGGGUCGGCACGGGCUCGAAGACGGGGUACACUUUGACCACUCUCGAGACGCACAUGCAGGGCCGUAAGUGCAGACCUUCCGCUGCGUCUGACGGCCGUGUGCGCAUGGAGGCGAGGGCAGCCCGCGAAGUUCACCUACCUCCGAGCAACUCCCCGGCCUUCCGAGGGUUCGACGCAGGGCCAUACGCCGUCCCGACGCCUCAGGAGAUGGCAGUGCUUCCUCCGACACCAUUCUAUGGCCCUGCGGCGCAUGUGCAGAGCGCGCCGCGGCCAGCUACUGUGUCCGGCUUUCAAUUCACUUUUGAUGAAUACUACGCGCCUACCUCCAGUGACGAGCUCGACAUCGACGGUUCUGGUGUUCCGUCGUCAAGUUCGGUCCCAUAUGGGCUCAAUUCAUACUCGAGUCAGCCACGAGCCUCUCACAAACGGAAGCGAACAUCGCGGCAUCACACUCCGUCCCACAACGCUUUCGACGCUUCAGAGCCACAGGAUACUUCACAGAUGUCUUCGAGUACGACAGUGCCCACCGACUUCUCUCCAACUCCAUCGUGUUGCGGCAUUGCUCUCGUCUGGCCUCAUGCAGAUUUCUUUGAGACCUACCCGUUCCAGCGUCAUGAUCUUAGUGCUCCCGGCUCACUUGGAUAUAAGCUUUGCGCGGUUGGUGACGAUGGCCAGUCGUUUCGCAUACAGUCAUAUAGGUGUACAGGCUCGCUCCUUGUAGCUGGUGACGAGGCUUGUGUCGAAUGCCUGAGCCUCACUGGUACCGUCAAGCACCUCGCGGAGAUGUCCGGCAAUGCUCGACCGCACACGAACUACAAGUAUCGGUCACAUAAGCAGCUGAAUCAAGUCACGGAGUUUUUGAGAGGCGAAGUGUCUCGCUUGCGCUGUAUGACUCUCAACCUUGGUCGGCGGGUGGCUUCCGUACUCAAGAAACUCGAUGACCACCGACGCUUUCUCAUGGCGAUUGCAAACGGAGAUCCACGCGGAAUCAAACAUCUCAUCACGCAGGGACUGAAGGACAGGGUCAGCACAUCCGAGCUACUCAAGCGUGUCGACGAGAGUACCGAGGGUGUUUACCAUGCCCGCGGUUAUUCGGCAUUUGAUUUUGAUCUUGCGCUCCUCAUUCUUCGUCUUGGUGGACGCAAACUACUGUAUGCUAUGAAUCAUUGCCUUGCCAUACCCUCGAUCCGCGCUCUGCGUCGUGCACGCCGUUUCACCCGUAUAAUGCCUAGUUUCGGUCGUCCAACACUCUCGGAGGUGCAGUGGAACUUCGGGGAGGUGCUCGGGCCAACGAUCAAGCAGCUGAAGGAAGCUCUACGUGCUAUGGCGCGCGAUUCAUCCGACGCGAGUCCGGGAUGGCAGCCGUACGGCCGCACUGGCGUGUCGGUCUGCUGGGACGAGAUCGCGCAGGAAGAGGUUGCGUGCUACUUCCCGCAUGCUGAUUCGGUUGGUGGCUUAUGCCGGGAACACUGCGGUGGGGUGGAUCUACGGCUUCGUACUUUCCAGAGUGCCACCAACAUUGCGGAGAGCCUCGACAAAGGCUACGUACACUUUGGGAAGGAGGUGUCCGUGCUUGGGCUCACCUCGUUUGGUGAUGUUUUCCGUGGUGCACUCCCCAUUGCUGUAUCACCGACAUGCAAGUCGGAGACCCCAGAGGAAGGUGCUGAGAUUCUACGGACCAUCUUUGCGGCGUGGAAAAGCAACCCGGACUUGGAGAAGUACCUUGGUCCGCUGUGGUCAUUUGCAUCAGACGGAGAUGCAGGUCGCCGCGCAAUGGUCUAUAGCAUGUUCAUGUCAAGAACGAUCGGGUCAUCAGAUCCCCUGCACAAGAUUGUUGGACAACUACCUGGUUUAAACCUCAACGUCGGCGAUGACAACAUCACUGCGGAUUUUGACUGGAAACAUGAGAUCAAACGUCUUGGCCGCCUCAUGCGUACUCAGGAGGGAAUUGUUGUUGGCGACACUAUCGUCAACCGCCAUACCAUUUCCAGUCAUCUGCGGCGCAUCCCAGGAAUGUCGGAGGCUGCUGUUGAUCGCCUCAUGAAUCCAUCAGAUUCUCAGGACGUACCCCGCGCAAUCGACUUACUCCGUGCCAUAUCAUCGCUCUCAGAUCUCUCCUUGGACCAGUACUCUCCCACGGAACUUCAAGAACAUCGGGCAAUCACAGUCGUUGGGGAAAUGCUCUCGGCAUUCGUGGAUGCGUUCAUCCGUCCUGAGUGGUCCCUGACGCAGCAGGUCAUCUCGUUGAGCAAGUAUGCUCACAUGAUCUUUGCGCUGUACCGACAACAUCAGACGAGCUUCAUGCCCAAUCAACUUUACGGUGACACGCAGACGACAGUCAAGAAUGCUAUCUUUUGCAUCGCGAAGCAGCAGCUGCUUGACGGGACGCAGUGUUUCUAUCUCUAUGACACAGGCGAUGAUAAACUCGAGGAGCUCUUCGGCUCUGUGCGCAUGCAGGGUGGGCAUAACCCGAACUUCUCUUUCAAGCAGCUCAUCGACCGCCUUGGUGCCGCGGUUGAUAUUGAUGCUGUCUUUACGGCACACCCGGAGCUUCAUCAGGGUUCACGCCGCCGCAAGGUCACUCGGACCGAACACGCUGAUCACCUAAAUCAUGCGUCGUGGACUGGAGACACAGUUGCAGACCACGUGGACCUCCGCUCUGCAUGGGCAGAAGGACGCUCAGCAGCGACAUACUCGCUCUCAGAACUGCACAUCAAGCCUGGGUUCGAUGUCCUGUUCAGUUCCACGUGUUCCAUCGAUAUGCUCCAACCUAUUCGGCAUGGCAAGUACCCUGGAGUCUCGUCAGAGCAAGAUCGAUCACAGGAACCUGUUACCCCACCUUCACCACUUCCCGCUGCGGUCCCCCCAGUCCCAGGACCCUGUACGCCGGUUGCUUCCAGUGACUCAGAGGGAGCGUCCUCAGAACCGUGUGUACCAUUGACCGCCGUUGGCUCCGAACCGAGUUGUCCAAGUCAUGCUCAGGCUGGCUCAGAUGCCAAUCACGGUGCCCAAUCGGACGUCACUGCCUCCGGUCAGGCUGCCUCAGGCUCGGAUAUGCUCGUUGUGGAGGAAGAGACAGUGACAGGUGCUCUCAUACAAGCUUUUGCCGCAUCGGGAGACUCCGAUUCCGAACGGAGUGACGCAGGCAUCGUGUCCGGUGCUUGCGUCCAACUUGAAGACCGUCUUGACGAGCCUGACGAACCAGAUCAGCGAUUACCAACCACUUGCGCCGGCGCAGCGAAUGCAUCACCGUGGUUGUUGACCGAACAAGGGCACAAGAUUCAUAAGACGUCCGUCUGCGUUCAAGUCAUCACGCCUGACUGGAUCCGCAAAUCCCAUGAACGCAUCUGGCGUGUCCGCUGUUACAGCUCUGAUGUCAAGCCACGCGACCUGAGCUCUGCUAGUACCCUGAACCCUAACCUCUUCAUCCUCGGUGACCUCUUCGCCACGCUCAUUCGCUGUGAUGGCCAGGCAGCUCUCGCGGUGUUGAAAUGCAUUGCAAUUCACGAGAAAGGAGAGUCGGUGUCAAGUGUUUCGAUUGCGAGUCUCUCGCACGCAUCGUCAGGAAUCAAACUCACCGGGCAAGUACUCGAGCUAUGCUCUGACUCACUGCCAACCGAAGCAUCAGCGCCGCCCCAUGAUACGUCCCGGGCUGGUGUAGCGGUGCCGGGCUCCUAUGUCGGUGCACAGACCCAGGUGACCCAUCAAGAGCCAGCAUCCGAGUCGGAUUUGACGUCUGAGCCAGCUGCUGGCAGUCCAGACCUGCGUUCAGCAUCGUGGCUGUGGACAGGCACAUUCGUGAAGCUCACCUCCGGUCCUGAUAGUGGUACUGCGGCAGUGCCGGCACCAACACCGACGGCGGUCAAAGUCUCACACAAGAUGCUUGCGGUGAAGAUCUGCAGUCACCUGUGUCAUAUGCUGAACCCAAGGAUCGCGGAUGGUCGAGCUGUACUGAGCGAAGAUCAACGACCUCACCUCAAUAGCGCUGGGUUGACAUGGCAGUUCUCUGAGUCCGAGCUCAAGGACAUCGUGGACGUCCUGUGGCGAACAAUCCGUGAGAAAGGUUCAGCGGCGUUACUGCCGCUGCUCCCUACCGCAAACCAGCAGUUCCCGUACAAGACACACAGUGGUGCACCCAUGUUCCUGUCGGAGGAGGCCGCACACGAGAUGGAGGCACAGAAGAUUGCGGACAACACGAAGCGUCGCUGCUACCAGUGCCUGGCAGAGGUAGAUCCAGCCCGUAUGCGAAAUCAUGUUGGGGAGCAUGUAUUAAAAGCGAUGCGCGGCGUUAAGGAGGACUUACGAGGGCAGCAGGUCGAUCCAUCCGAGUUCCCUUGCGGCUUCUGCGGACGUCCCGAACGACUCUGUUGUGCGCCGACAAUGACUAAAGGGAGUAGCGCAAGUACACCUCAAGCACGGAGCGAGUGUUCAUACUACCGGCUCUUCUUCUACCAGCCUAGCCUCAAGUCCUCCGCGGCAACACCCUGCACCAACGUACCUUUCGUCUGCAAGAUACCCGAAUGCAAGGCGGAGAAAGAUGGAAACUGGACCGCCGUGUGGAAGUAUAACCUUCACGAGCACAUUCGUCGGUUUCACCCUAGCUUCAGUGUCGAGAGCACAGGCCUUGACGGGCUGAUCCCUCUCCCACCGGCCAUGCAACAUGACAUGCAUAUUUCGGACAGUGAAGAGCGUGCUCUCAAAAUCCCUGAUGCACACAUACCGUACAAACCUCCAUUGCCCGAGCUUGUGAAUCCCGAGCCCACUGGGCCAGGUGCGCCGCCGCCAGCAAAGAGACGACGCCUGCGCAAGCAGCCAUAG